AUGGGCAAAGUUGCAGGGAAAGAGAUGCGCUGGGAGAAGGAAGAAAUCGUGACUGCGGAAAUUCAGGGGCUGGACAUUGUCUCCGUUGAACAGCUGGCUGCUGAUAGAGAUGAAUACAAGAAGCUGACGGCUAACUUUAAGGAUCGAAGAGCCACUAAAAUGGGAAGCCGAGCACGAAUGUUAGUCAAACUUUGUGAACAGGAUUCUGGUAGUAUUGAGGACCAAUCUUCUUCCAAUAGCUUUAAUUCUGCCAGUGUAAAUGAGAUACAUACUGCAGACCAAACAGCAUUGACUGUGACGGAAAACAUUAUAUCUUCCCUAAAUAAUACAAAUUCGCCACCAAUCCUAGCUAACGACGAAAAUGGUAGUGAAAGCGAAACUAAAGACUUUUCUGCAGAUGAUAGUGGUGACGAAUAUAAACCAGAGCAAUCUGUUAAACGUGGCCGUAUGAAUUCAACAUCAUCUAGCUCAUCGACGAGCUCCUCGUGUUCUUCUUCAUCGUCCAGUUCGUCUGAUUCUACUUCUAGCUCAACAUAG